AUGGUCAUAGCGAUUAGCUGAAGGGCAUCCAAGGAAAGUGAUCAAUCUUCGAGCAGCAGUGACGUUACAGCAUGAUGCGCCAGAGACGGGGUACAUGAUGCUCAACAAGCUAUGACCUCAGUCAACUUCCGAGCUCCGCAGCCCUGCCGCGUGCUACCGCGUGGGCCGUGGCAGCUCAUCAGAUCACCGAACUCUCCACCAUGACUUCCAGGAAGCCAUAGCGCGCACUGCUCCUUACAUCAACCAUGCGUGCUUACACAUUCGACACACUCGAUAAGCAGCUCAGCCACCACGCUGCAUCUGACUCCAGCAUAGCACGCAAUCAACCCCUGCGGGCUCCAACAUGGCGACCGUACCGCUACUCCCAGAGCAGAUAGUCUACCUGAUUAUACGAUUCUCGGCUUCGAUACCAGACCUCUCACUCUCCAUACCUUUGCCGCGGCUUACGCCGACACUUUCACUCAAGCAGCUUAUUCGAGCGCACCUGCCGCCUGAUCAGGCCUCAGCGCGUCUACGCCUCAUCUACGCUGGCAAGGUCCUCACAGAUACUGCACCGUUAUCGACAUCGCUGCGACUACCUCCUCCGCCGCAGCGUGCUGGCGCAGAUAAAGAUGAUGGACCUGGCAGCAAGAGUAAGGGGAAGCAGCCGGUACAAGAUGCGCCAGCUGUGGAGUACGGCGCGACUGCACCAUCAGAAGCGAAAAAGUACUAUAUACACUGCUCGCUAGGUGAUGCGCUCACCGUGGCUGAGUUGGCCAGCGAGGCCACUUUGGCGCAAAACACAGAGACAUCGCUCAAGACGCAGUACGAAGCAUCACGGGGCUCAGGUAUCCAUCGCCGCUCGAGCAGUGGUACGCAGAGCAGUAGCAGCAAUGCCAACCAACGACGGGGCUCCUCCACUACGACCCCUGCGCCACAGGGUUUCGACCGCCUCCUCACCUCUGGCUUCACAGCGCAAGAGGUAGCAAGUCUGCGCUCGCACUUCCAGACCAACCUAUCCUUUACACAUACACCCGACACCAUGCCCUCAUCUGCUGAGAUGCGCGUCCUUGAAGAUAGAUGGCUGGACAGCACAGCCACGGAUCCAUCACCAGCUUUGACUGGGGAAGCGGAUGCGGGAUGGGGUGCGGGGUUUGCCGUGGAGGAGGGAGGUCUGGAUGAUAUGCUGUGGGGGUACAUGACGGGGUUCUUCUGGCCGCUGGGCGCGCUGAUAUGGGGUUUCAGAGAGGAUGGGGUGUGGUCAAGGAGGAGGCAGUUGGCCGUGGUGAUGGGAGUGCUCAUCAAUGCGGUUUUUGGAUUCAUGAGAUGGAGUGCCUAGGAAUAUACUUGAGAGAACAGAGACAAUGCGGCGAUCAUAGCUUCGUAGAGGAUACGCUCAUAGGAGUGGCAAUGUACAAACUACGACUAGCAUGUAGUUGAGCAGAGGCGAACAAUGCAGGAAUAGGUUUGCAUCGCAGGCAAUUGACGACUUAGAAGGCAUUGUG